GGGGUUUUGAGGCAGAGACAACCCUUUUUGGGUGUCAACUGCCAUGCUCCGCAGCUGGGUGCGACACUCUGACCCGGCGGGCCUGCUGGCGCGGACUGCGCCGGCGCUGGCGGAUUCGCCGCGGCUGCUGAUUGUGUGGCAUUCCAGGACCGGCAUGGCACGGCAGAUGGCGGAGGCGCUGUACGCCGGCGCUCGAAGCGCUGCCUGCACCAUGGAGGUUGAGCACUUCGACGUGGACCUGCGCCGCGCCAGAGACGCCCAGGUAGAUGACCUGCUGUCAGCGCAGGGCUUCCUGUUCUGCGCUCCAGAGAACCUUGCCACAAUGUCGGGAGAGAUGAAGGAGUUUUUCGACCGGACCUACUACGCGGCGCUGGGCCGCCUCAACGGGCGGCCCUAUGCCUUGGCGGUGGCCGCCGGCUCGGAUGGCCAGGGCGCUGCAGGGCAGAUGGCCAG